CACUUCCUGUUUUUCUUGCGAAAUUUUACGAAAAUUUUGGAAAUGUUUCUUCGGUUUUCCCGACUAUAUAUGUUAUAAAAGCCGGUUGCCGGUACAUGGAUAUAUGUAGUUGAAGUACUCCUAACGACCAUUUCGAAGAAUCGCAGAACAACUUCAAGGAAGAUGGCGAGUAAGCGGACCAACACGACAGCCACUGCCCGGCUACGACAGGACUAUGUUCGUAUCAUGAAGGAUCCCGUCCCAUACAUCACGGCAGAACCUCUGCCAUCAAAUAUCCUGGAGUGGCACUACGUCGUCAGUGGCCCAGAGAACUCGCCAUACGAGGGUGGUCUUUACCACGGGAAGCUUGUCUUCCCCCGAGAGUUUCCUUUCAAACCUCCGAGUAUCUAUAUGGUAACACCGAAUGGAAGGUUCAAAUGUAACACUCGGCUCUGUCUCUCGAUCAGUGAUUUCCACCCAGAUACCUGGAACCCGGCCUGGUCCGUGUCAACCAUCCUCACUGGUUUACUCAGCUUCAUGCUUGAAAAAAGUCCCACUCUAGGAAGUAUCGAGACGUCUGAUUAUACAAAAAGACAAUUGGCAACCCAAAGUCUGGAAUACAACUUGAGAAAUAAAACAUUCUAUGAACUAUUCCCAACCAUAGUGGAGGAUAUUAAAAAAGUUCUGGCGCAGCGGAAAGCAGAAUUAGUUGCUGCUGUCGGAAGGAACAGUCAAGCGGGAUUGAACCGGAAUACCAAUGGAUCCAGCCAGAUUCAGGAGGGGAUUCCACAACCCCAGGGCUUCAUGGCCAGCACGUUAACAAACAUCAUUGUGAUCGCGGGCUUUGCGGCAUUCGCUUGGUCUGUCAAGUAUGUUUUGAAAAGUAUAGUUGAAUGAGGUAGGACCCGGGAGUGAGAAAUGGACUAGACUGAAAUUGAGUGAUAUAUUGACUGGACUAAUGUCGGGCGAAAUAUAACCUGGCCUACAGUGGGGGGGUAAUAUAAACUUGGCUUUAGUCGAUUGAUACAGAGUGAACGAUAGUCGAGUGAUUACAGACCAAACGAUAGUCUAAUCUGAUACAGACUGGACUAAUGUGUGGAUUUUAUAUAAAUUUAUUUGUUAUUAAAAGUCUCUAAGAAUAUCUUUGGUGCAAAGUAGGCUAUAUGCAUGUGGGGAAGGUUUGUGUUCUUAUCUAGCUUGGACUAAUGUGGAAGUAGCGUGGUCUUAUUAUUCUGAACAGAUCGCGAAACAUUGUUAUUAUAUUCCGUGCCUGUUCUCUUGGGGAGUAACUUGCUUUUACUGCGGUGUAUUGGUUUUUCUCUAAGGAGGGUACAGGCUGGGUUCGAGACAGAAAUUGAUGCCUGCCUUUGCCACUUGGCAGGCAUGGAAGUUGCAAUGACGUAGACCUUCCUUCUCAUAACAGUACGGCCACAUUUAACUUUUACAUGAUUUAUCUUAAGUUGUAUAGGCAAUGCUGUACUUUAAAAACAAGAUAACGGCCGCAAAGAGAUUUCAUAUUCUCAAUGAAAAAUAAUGAAAAAAAUUCUUUUUGAAAAUAUUUUGAAGGGGUUGGGAUUUCAUUUUGCUUGUAUUCUCACCGUGUUUUCUAAAUGGGGCGUUAUUGGCCCAAUAACCUCAGUUUGUAUGGUUGGCUUUUUUCUGUCUGUAUAUCAAAAUACUGCGGGGUUAUUGUCUGGGUCUAUGGCUGUUUGGGUGGAGGGGGCAUAUAGCUGGAGAUCCAUGGAGCUGUAAAGGGGCCAGAUGACAAUCCACUUUCAAAUUAAAUUAGGAGGGGGGUCUUGGAACUUUGGGAACUCAAAAAAUGGCUCGUCUCCAUUGAUCAUGUAAAGGGGGGGGGCUUAGAUAUGAUUGUUAGAUAUAUCUGCCAAACUUCUUUGAGUCACGGUCAGCCUUUGUUAUAAACAACUUCAUGUCUGUCAAAAUUUCUGUGUUUAAGUUUUCUGUAUUAGAUUAAGCGACAUCUAAUGUUAUACUCGGCGAAGUUUGACCACGCCAGUACUUUGUGUGAGAAUCUGGGAAGAGGGGUUAACACAGGGGAGUAAACAUGAAACAUGGACUCCAGUCAUUCGUUCAAAAAGGGACAAACUACUUUCAAACCUCAACAUGACCCCAGUUUCGGCCAUACCCUUGUUGACAAACUGAUUCUUGCCUCCAGGUAAACAUUCAAUCUAAUGUCCAUGCUUGCUGGUAUGGACUCCAUGUCUCUCAUUGCCUGGAUACUAGUAUGGGCCAGGCCCAGGUCAAUUUCAAACAGGUAUUGUGUCCAGGUAGGAAGUGAAAUUCAACCAUGCCACGCAAUGUACAUGUAAUUACACUUCUACCUGAGGAGGAGUCUUUGUUUGUAAACAAUGGUAUGCUCGAGACUGGCAGGUUGAAGUUGUGAACUACAUAAUCAUCUAUGACACUCUGCCCUUGUACAUAUUUAGGGAUUCUGUGUACAGAGAAAUAUGAAAGAUAAUCCCAUUUCAAUUAUGCUGAAUAUUGUAUAUUUUUAAAUGCAAGUAAAUAAACACGUUCAGUUGUUA